AUGUCGUCGUUCGCGGCCGCGAAGGCUGGACUGCGCGCGUUUCGAACGAGCGGAAGCGGCAUCGUGCGCGAGGCGAUGUCCACCCGGGCGUGGGCGUCGUCGCGGUGCGUCGCCGCGACGGCCGCGUCGACGGGGCACCCUCAUCAUCAUCAUCAUCAUCAUCAUCGUCAUCUUCACCGAAGCCCGCGAUCGGGUCACGCGCCGGGUCCCUCGGACGCCGCGCGUCAUCGCCGCCCGCUCCGCGUCAUCGCGACGACGACGACCUCGUCCGCGCGCGGCGUCGGCGGCGUCCGAAACGUCUCCGCCCGCGCGUCGUCGUCGUCGCCGUCGCCGUCCGACGAAGAGGGAGGCGGCGCGCGAAAGCAUCGCCUCGUGUUCCUCGGCACCCCCGACGUCGCCGCCGGCGCGCUGAGCGCGAUAUUCGACGCCGCGGAGACCCCGGACGCCGCGUUCGAAGUCCACGCGGUCGUGUCCCAGCCCGGGCGCCCGCGAGGGCGCGGGCGAAAAUCGAGCGGCCCGCCGCCGCCGUCGCCCGUCGCCGCGCUCGCGGCGACGCGCGGCGUCCCCGAGGAUUUUAUCUUGUGCCCCGUCAAGGCGAACGAGCCCCGGCCUCGACGCCUUUCAACUUCAACUGACGCCUUUGAACUUCACCCCGACAUUCGCUUGCAGGACGACUUCCUAGCGACGCUGCGAGCGAUGGACGUGGACCUGAUGGUCACCGCGGCGUACGGCAACUUCCUUCCGCAGCGCUUCCUGGACAUCCCGCGCCUCGGGACGCUGAACAUCCACCCGAGUCUGUUGCCGCAGUUUCGCGGCGCCGCGCCGGUGCAGCGCGCGCUCGAGGCGGGCGUGGACGUCACCGGCGUCUCAGGCGCGUAUUCCUCACACUGA